UGGCGACGAGUCUGAUACGAAUACACUGCCAAAGUCCUGAUCAGAGAUGUGCAAACGCGAUCGGUCACACAUCAGUGUUGUUGUUGAAGCUGUGUGACAGUCAGAUUGAAGUGGGUGCGUCAGAAUCUAACGAAAUCUUGAAGUGAUGUGACCUACGCCACUGAUGUGACAGGAGGCUUGUUUCAUGCGGCCACCGUCAGAGAUCAGUCGAUGCCAGCGUGGAACAUCAUUGGCAUCAGGGCUACCUAUGCAUGGAGCUAUCCCAGACGCUGCGCCGGCAGGGUACAUCAAUGCUUCAAGCAGAUGCCAUCCCCGCUUGAAUCUCCGGACCGCGGUGAGAUCGCGUUCUCGAGUGGGCAUCGACGGGGCGCAGGCAUACUGUGGGGGACGUGGACAUCGAGGUCGCGCUGUAAGUAAGGCGGGUUGGGUUUACGUAACCCACUUCCUCCGCACUGCUCAUGACAGACGUGACGACCUAAAACACCUAUGGCAUUGCAAGCUGCAAUAGUAUUGCAGCAUCCUUGUUGUCGCCAAAAGAUCAUCCAUCAGCGUUUCAGCGGUUGCAAUGAGCUGGACCGGCUCCUGUCGGUGUGGGAGGUGAUCCAUGACGGUAUUGCAUGAGAUUGCAUGAUCUUCG